AUGGAGGGUCACGUACAGGAGCUGCUGAACCGCAUCACGCUCAUCUCCGCCGCCGUCGCCACGAUCUGCCUCUUCUACGUCUUCUCGGCCUCGUCCUCGUCCUGCCGGCAGCUCGAUUCUCGCCACCACGAGGCGCUCGCGAUGACCGUCGCCCGCUCCCCGUUCCCCAGAUCGUCCUGUGAGGCGGCCUCCCGCCGGCCGUUGCCGCCGGAGAAGCGGUGGAAGAAGCUUCAGUCGACGCGGGAAUGGCGCCGCCGCGUGGACGCCUUCGGGGCCCUCUUCCGCUCCGUGCGCGGCCUCGGGCUCCUCGGCAACGCCUCCCGCGUCCUCUGCGUGUCCGCCGGCGCCGGCCACGAGGUAGCGGCGCUGCGGGAGUCCGGCGUCGCGGACGUCACCGGAAUCGACAUCGUCGACGUGCCGCCGCUGGUGAGGCGCUCCGAUCCGCACAACCUGCCGUUCUUCGACGGCGUGUUCGAUCUAGGGUUCAGCGCCGGCCUGGAUGGGGCGCUGUUCCCGGCUCGUUUCGUGGCCGAGUUGGAGCGGACGGUACGGAAAGGAGGAGCGAUCGUGCUUGCCUUCAGGAGAUGUUCUUCGGAGGCGGAGGUCGACGAGGUGAGGGGUCUAUUCAAGAGAUCUGCUCUCAUCCAUCUGAGCAAUGCGACGCUGGUCGGAUCCGAAUCGACUAUCAUCACAAUGAGAAACGGGGCUGCUCACGUCUGA